GCGCAGGGAGUGCAGUGCCUCUGAGGGCUGCAGCGGGACUUGCUCGCUUAGACAUUCGUGUUACUCUGAGAAGUUCUUGGAAGGAACCCAAAGUGUCGAACCGCGGUUUUAGGUUCUUGUGGUUCCCUCGGACGUGAUGGCGACUGGUGACGACGUGCGGGAGAACGUGAAGAAAUACUAUGGCGGUCGACUGGAGUCCUCGGGGGAUUUGCAGACGAGUGCAGCCUCCUGCAGUCUGUCCUGCUGCCCAGUGCCGAGAAGUGUCACAGUGGCUCUGAGCCUGGUUCACCCAGAGGUAAACAAGAGAUUCUACGGUUGCGGCCUUCCGUUCCCAGCGAAGCUGGAGGGAUGCAGAGUGCUGGACCUCGGCAGCGGCUCCGGCAGAGACUGUUAUGCAUUCAGUAAACUUGUUGGACCGAGUGGACAUGUGACAGGGAUUGAUAUGACAGAGGCGCUGAUCAGUGCGUCUCGUCAGCACAUUGAGUAUCAUCAAAAGAAGUUUGGCUACGAGGAGCCUAAUGUCAUCUUUGUGCAGGGGUACAUGGAGAAGCUCGGCGAAGCUGGCAUACAGAAUGACUCAAUGGAUGUUGUGCUAUCCAACUGUGUAAUCUGUUUAUGUCCAGAUAAAAGAGCAGUGCUACAGCAAGCCUACAACAUCCUAAAGGAUGGAGGUGAACUGUACUUCAGUGACAUGUAUGCCAGCAAAGUUGUUCCCGACCACAUGAAGCAAGAUGCUGUCCUGUGGGGUGAAGGAAUGGGUGGUUCUCUGUUUUGGCGAGACCUCAUUUCAUUGGCUCACAGCGUGGGUUUCAGCACUCCACAUCUUGUCUCAGCCAGCCACAUUGUGGUCUUCAACAGUGAGCUCAAAGCGAAAGCAGGUGACAUCGGCUACGCUUCCGGUACUUACCGACUCUUCAAGCUGCCCAAAAGUCCAGUCAUGACUGAGGCAACAGUGACCUAUAAAGGAACUGUGGCAGAUUUCCCAGAGCAGCUGGACUUUGAUUCAUCUCACUGUUUCAAGAAAGAUGUUGCAGUGGAGGUGAACGGAGAGAUGGCAGCGAUCCUCCAGAGUUCCCGUUUCUUCCCUGAUUUCAAAAUUCAGGCGUCGGAAAAGCCAGAGUCCAGCUCAGAUUCAACCCCACAGCACUGCCACCUCAACCCAUUUCUAUUGGCUGAAAAACUGGGAUCCUCUGUCAAGCAAUGCUCCAAAACCAGCAAAUAAAGAUGCAGAUAAAUACUGAAGACAUUUUUUAGAAGACUGAGAAUAAAUUAAUAAUUAAAAUUGUAACAGAUUUUGUGUUCAAAGCUUCAUUAGAGGCUAAAUAAUUUAAGUGCUAGCCUGUGCUGGUAGUGAUGUGGUGUUUUUCAUGUGUUCAUAGUUUAUGUUGUCAUGGUAGAAUUAUAAUACAUAUGUGAAAUCAUGUCAGAAUAGAAUUACUUCAUUAACAAAGUACUUAACUCCGUACUUCUUACCCAAAACAUGCUGAACAAAAAGGUUUUCUCUUCUUAAAUAAAAAAAAUGUGAAGCCAAAAUUA